GGAUGGACGUUAUCAGACAUAGUGUGGUGGAACUCAAAUCAAACGUAAAACCAUCUUAAUUUUACCGCUACUGAAAAACUCUACGAAUUAUCGAGGGGAUGCACCAAUCGUUUUAUGACGGUAUGACCUUCAAGUACUCACUACCCUCCAUCAAUGGGCGGUACUAUUAGAUUGUUACCCUAAUCAUAAUCGGCAAUUCCUAAGCGUCCGAAGUCCUGCCGUCUAAAUAAACCUAUUAACUCCGUAACUAUACACAUGUAGAUGGGAUCAUUAUGGAUAAAAAAUGUUUUUGGUGUGCAUUUAAGCGAGGAAGAGCUCCGAAACAUUCCACAUUUAAAGAUUGAACUGCUAACGCAUAUCGCUCUCAGAACAGUUCAAACUUCAUGUCUUUUCGGAGCUAUCGUAUGUGCCCCGGUAAUUACCUUGCUGUCAGAACCCAAAACUUUAAGGUGUUUAACCAGAAGAUCAUUCAAAUUCGCCACUUAUGGAUUCUUACCCGGAAUCACCAUAGCCCCAAUACUGAUGUAUGCUCGAAUGAAAGAUCAACCGGACGAAGCAUUUUACGACAGGUGCUAUCGACUACGGAGCAACAAAAGCCAGCUUCGUGUAGAUCGUUUCAGUUAUAUCGGUUUGGGAUGCGGCGGGAUAGCAGGUUUCGCCAACGCAGCUGGACCAAUACAAACAGCAAUAAUAGGAAUGAUGAUUGGGACUGUAGCAGCUGUUUGCUGUAAUAAAAUUGAAAAUAGCAUUUCUACACAGAAAUAGAUAUUAGAUUUUCUGCUCAACCUCUGUUCAUUUAUUUCCGUAAUAAAUAUCUUUUCC